CACGAAGCUUUGGAAGUUUAUCAAAAGCUUUCACAGAAUCAAUAUAAUACUGGAUGGGUGCUUUCUCAGGUAGGGAAAGCACAUUUUGAAAUGGUAGACUAUUUUGAAGCUGCUCGCUGCUUUGAUUUGGCACGUCGAGUGUCACCAUACUCAUUAGAAGGGAUGGACAUUUAUUCCACUAUCCUUUAUCAUUUGAAAGAGGAAAUGAAGCUGAGCUACCUUGCGCAAGAACUUAUAUCCACUGAUCGAUUAGCUCCUCAGGCAUGGAUAAGUGUCAUUCUUUACCAACAACUGCCGUGCUUGUGCAUGGACUUCAGAACCUUACUAUUGAAAGGAGUAACAGCAUGUAUUCACUAGACAUAAGAACAUGCAACAUGGUGACAUGCAUAUAUGGAACUACUCUUCCAAAUGAUUCAAGCUGUGCUUCAUGUUGCACUUGGGCCAUUGCUGAUCCUUCGUCAUUUUUGAUCCAUGGUCCAACUUAUUUGCAAAACAAUCAGAAGGUGCGCGCUGAUUGGUUAUUGUCUGAUAAGCGGGAAGAUGAUCUUGGUGGUCGAUCGGGGAGCAUAGUUCAGGAGGUGGUAGCGAAUUUUUUUCAUUGUUAA